AUGCAUCCAUUAAUUUGCAGCUAUCUUCCCUGUGACCUUGUUCUGGUGGAUGAUUUAAACGCUUCGCUAAACCACAUCGAUGUUUAUGACACGUUGUGUGUUAUCGACGACGUCGACCUACCGUCAGCCUUGGCGCGUGACAUCGAAAGUCAGAAACAGUUCGAUGCAGGUAUCGCUUCCGAGGCGAGCUGUUUCCGCUGUCAGCUAGAAUCCGGCUCGGUUCGCGUUGUGUACAACUGCGUCGGAGAGUUGUCCGAUUUCGACGAUGUGCGUCGGUACGCGGAAGCUGCCGGUUGUGCACUGCGACGUGCCCUGAAAGCGGGCACUAAGUAUCCCGUCCUGGUGCUGCCCCCCGCUAAUAAACGCUUCCCUAAUGCACCACUCGUAGCUCUACUGGGUGCUCUGCACGAGCUCUACGUUCCGCUGCAGCUACGCGAAGAUGUGCCAACCAGAAGUCAUCGUUGCCCGAAAAUUGGUGUCCACUAUCCGGGCAACGUGCAGAAAGGUUACGAUUUGCUGCGCUUGGUCCAAACGCUGGAAGCUGGUCGGUUUGUAGCCCGAGACAUUGGUGGCGGUGACCCGGAACGUAUGGCACCGCCACGUGUUGCCGAGUAUGUGCUACAAGCGUUCGGCCAGUCGGGACCGGUGAAGGUUACGGUGCUGGACGACCCGCGCUUGUUCGAACGCGAUUAUCCACUGUUCCAGGCGGUAAACCGUGCGGCCGGUACGGUCGAACGACACCGUGGCCGUAUCAUCUUCCUCGAGUACAAGCCGCCGAAUCCGGCCCGCAAAACCGUCGUGCUGGUGGGCAAGGGUGUAACGUACGACACUGGCGGUGCCGACAUCAAGGCGGGCGGCGUAAUGGCGGGCAUGAGCCGUGACAAGUGUGGGGCAGCGGCCGUGGCCGGUUUCAUGAAGGUGGUCGAGCAGCGGAAACCUUCCGACGUGCAUGCCAUCGGUGUGCUGUGCAUGGUGCGCAAUUCGGUCGGCGAAGAGUGUUACGUGUCGGACGAAAUGUUGACCUCCCGUGCUGGAGUGCGAGUCCGUGUUGGUAACACCGAUGCCGAGGGUCGUAUGGCUAUGGCCGACGCGCUGUGUCAGAUGAAAGAACGCGUGCUGCAGGAAGGACUGCCCGAUCCUCACCUCUACACGAUCGCCACCCUUACGGGACACGCAGUGCUGGCCGUCGGUAAUAGUGCCAUCGUGAUGGACAAUGGUCCAGCUCGGGCGGUCGAUCAUGGACUGAAGCUGCAACGUGCCGGUGAAGAUGUGGGUGAUCCGUUCGAGAUUUCGGUGCUGCGCCGUGAAGACUUUGAUUUUCAUAAAGGCAAAUGUUACGGUGAGGACGUCCUGCAGGCGAACAAUCUGCCGUCCAGCCGAACGCCACGUGGACAUCAGGGACCAGCGGCAUUUUUGAUGCUUGCCACUGGACUAGACAAGUGCGGGCUGAACUCGUCCCAUCCGAUCAAGUAUUCACAUCUCGACAUCGCUGGCAGUGCCGGUGACGUUCCGGAUACACCGACCGGAUCACCCAUCCUUGCGCUGGCUGAAGCACACCUGGAUUAG